AUGGUGCUUGACUACAGUAAAUGGGAUGCUCUCGAGCUCUCAGACGACUCUGACAUCGAAGUCCAUCCCAAUGUGGACAAACGGUCCUUCAUCCGUGCAAAGCAGAACCAGAUCCACCAGCAACGACAGCAGCGCCGCCAUGAGAUCGCAACUCUAGGGUACGAGAGGAUUAUAAACGAUGGCCUGUUGAAACGGAUUGACGGGCUGUUGACUGCCCUGAAAAAACACGAGAGUGACUCUAGAAAUCCGGACGAGCUCGUUUUUCAGGCCCUGAUCGAGUCUGCUGGUGACCCCAAGGAGGACCAACCACCCGCUCCGCCAGAGAAUGUCCACGCGCAGGAGACCCAACCGAAGUACUCUCAGAUGAUGGGAUCGCUAGUGGACCAGGUCAAGAAGGAGCUGGAUGAGUCGAAGCCGGCGAACAGAUACCAGGCCUUUAUCACCGGCGUUGAAGGCCACAAAACCAAGGUACUAGACCUCCAACAGCAACUUCUUGAGAAGCUUGCGCAAUUGGAAAAGGAGGAGAGUAAAAAGAUCACUAGUGAUAGCAUACACACUGGAUUUGACAGCUCCUUUGUCUCAUCGUCCAAGGCCAAGUCUGAGCCUGAGAAGACCAAGGAGUCGACAGUCGAGCUCCUCAAUCCAGGCUGCGCUGGCGCAGAUAACGUGGAUGCCGUCUCUUCCGGCGCAGAGGCUGAUAUUGAGGAUGGUGAAGGAGACGAGGAGGGUAUAACCGUGCGCCCUUUGACAAAGCAAUUUGCAAAGUUUAAGAUUGGGGACUACCGUGAAACAUACUCAUUCAUCACCGAUCACCCAGAGAUACUAACAGAGAAGAGGACGGAUGAGCUUUUGAUGGAGGCCUUUAACGCCCAGAUCUCUGGUGAUGAGACUUAUGCCCGCCAAUGUGUCCAUCACGGCUUACUGUUACAAUACUGUCGCUCUCUAGGCAAAGACGGCGUUUCUCUCUUCUUCAAACGGUUAGUUUCCCUUAGUUAUUUUCAUACCUGGAGGCCUAAGCUAGGAUUUACUGAUGUUCUAUUGGAAAACAGAAUCACUACCGAGGACCAUCGUGCUGGUGUGAUGUUCCGUGAUGAUGUUAAUGACACUUACAACCGUAUCAAGACUCGUGCAAAGGAACUUGCUAAAUCGUCUGCCGAGGGACAAUCAGAGAUUGAGCAAAUCCAACUUCAUGCAGUUGACCCUUCUACAAAGCUCAACAUCUCCAUUCCCCCAGCUGAUAGCAAAGACGAGGCUCAUGUUGCUGCUCGCGAAAUUUUUAACCGUUUCCCACCAGAUCUUCAGAAAGCGUUGGAAUCUGAAAGCCUGGAUGAAGUAAACAAAGUGCUGGGAAAGAUGAGAGUGGAGGAGGCAGAAGAUGUUGUUGAGAAGCUAGGAGAAAGCGGCAUUUUGACCGUUGAGCAAGGAAUCGUCGACGCCACCACGGAGGAGGGCAAACAGUGGCUGGAAGAACUUGAGGCAGAGAAAAAAACAAAGGCUCCAGAGACUGGCAAGGAGGAAGAGAUUGGAGAUCCCGAAUAA